GAGAUGUACAAAUAAUGUGAUUGGGGUCUUUUCAUUCAACGUUGUAGGCCUAUAGGUAUGAUCAAGCCCAAGCCACAUAUGGGCUCAGCCCGAAACACAUUAUCAGUCCAAUCCAUUUAUGACCAAGAUACUAAAAAAAGCAUUCCCAGUUCAGACAAUAAUGUCCCAGCGUAAGAAAAGUUCAGUAUCAGCUUCAUAGCAGCGGUAAAACGUCCAAAAAUACAGCCGAAUUUCAAUAAGAAAACCUUAAAAUUCUCAUCUCAACAAACUACUGACUGAGCAACAAAACAGUAACAGAAAGUUGGAGCUUCCCAGCUAUAUUUCAGCUCUUCUCAACAGCUAACUUACACUAAGACUCUCCCAUGAACGAAAUCUUGAACUAAACCCCUUUCUUGUCAUACAUUGCCUUUCUGAAUUCGAAACAGAAGAGCAUGAAGGGAAAAACUCACAGUAUUGGUCGGUUUUGCAGCUAUAAAAUCUUGUUUCUAUGCACCGUACCUCUCCUUUUCAAUAUAUCGACUUCGGAUUCUGUUUAUCAUCGUGUCUCUGAAGCUGCAGAUGAUUUUCAUCAGCAUAGACGCCUAUUAUCCUACAAUGGAGAUCCUCUUGCUACAGAGCCGUCGCACAAGUUUGAGAACCCACGAUUGGAGAAUGCUUAUAUCGCAUUGCAAGCUUGGAAAGAAACCAUACUAUCCGAUCCAAAGAACAUGACAACCAACUGGGUGGGACCCGAUGUCUGUAACUACAAAGGCGUGUUCUGUUGGCCUGCACCUGAUAAUACGUGUGAACGUACAGUUGCUGGAAUUGAUAUCAACCAUGCAGACAUUGCUGGGAGCCUCCCCCAUGAACUCGGGUUGCUCUUUGAUCUUGCAUUGUUUCAUUUAAACUCAAAUCGGUUCUGUGGUACGAUUCCCCAGAGUUUUGUGAACUUGAGGCUCCUGUUUGAGCUAGAUCUCAGCAACAACCGCUUUGCAGGAAAAUUUCCAGAAGUUGUCCUCCACUUGCCGAGCCUCAAGUAUCUAGACAUUCGGUACAACGAAUUUGAAGGCGAGCUUCCAAAGGGACUCUUUGAUAAAGAUUUUGAUGCUAUUUUUAUAAACAGCAACAGAUUCUCUUCUGCCUUGCCUGAAAACAUCGGCAACUCACCUGUGUCUGUCAUAGUAAUGGCCAACAAUAUGCUCGAAGGAUGUCUUCCUGCAAGUUUAGGCAGUAUGGCAGCAACGUUACAGGAACUCAUUAUCACAAACAAUGGCCUUUUGUCAUGUUUCCCAAGCGAAAUCGGGAAGCUAAAGAACUUGACUGUGCUGGAUGUGAGUCAUAACAAACUAAUGGGUCCGUUGCCUGAUAGCAUUGGAAAUAUGGACAGCUUGGAGCAACUGAAUGUGGAACAUAACUUAUUGUCUGGGAAGAUCUCUAUCAGGAUGUGUCAACUUCCAAAUCUAAAGGCUUUUGCAUAUGAUUACAACUUCUUCUCGGAUGAGUCUCCGGCUUGCUUAAAUUUGCCCAAAUAUGAUGAUACAAAGAAUUGUUUUAGAGGGCGCCCAAUGCAAAGAUCGGAAUUGCAGUGUCAAAGGUUUUUGUCUCGAAAGGUUAACUGUAGCAGUUUCAAAUGUGAUGUCUCUUGCCAGCUACCUCCACCUUCUCCACAAGCACAUCUUCCAUCCCCGCCACCUCCUCCAAUUCACUACAAUCUAAACUCAACCCCGCCUCCCUCAUUUUCUUCACCUCCACCGUUCUAUUCUCCGCCUCCACCAAGCAAUCCACAGCCCCUGCCACCACCACCGCGUAGCAAUCCACAGCCCCUGCCGCCACCACCACCACCUGGCAAUCAACAGCCCCUGCCACCACCACCCCAAUCACCGAAGCCACCAGCCCCGAUUAACAUCUCUCCUAGCUCACCGCCUUUACCACCUACAAUUUCACCACCUCCACCAUCAAACUCAACGCCACCACCGUGUCCGUGUCAAAAGCCGCCGCUUCCACCGUCAGAUCCACCAUCAAUAGUUUGACCUUCUAUCUUCAAACUCAAUGCAUCCACUUCCAUGUUUCCAUUCUUCUCCACCUCUAACAGCCUGAAAGAAACGCUGCUACCACCAAGUCGGUAAUUGCCAUCCACCCCCCUGUCAUAACAUCCAACUUUGGCUCCUUUCUGCACGUCAAGUGAAAUACUACAGAUACUUUCAGGAUGAUUGAAAUUAUUUGGUCUCAGUACGCUGUUAUUCAAAGGCAGACCAAAAGGUUAAAGUGCUGUUAAAAUUGGUAAAAGAAGGCAAUCUUCACUUGUUAUUGAACAAUUACUGUCCAUCCAUAUGCUGAUCUGACAUAGAUGAGUUCAAUGCAGUUAUGGUGGGUGUAAAAGGUAUGAGCCUAUACCACUGAAUAACUAAAUUUAUGUUUGAAUACAAAAUUUGGGUCAGAUCUCAGAGCCAUUAUGCUCUCUCAAACAAUUUUUGUUCCAGUCUUUCUCAUGUGACAGCAUCUGUAGCUCGUAGACCUAAAUUAUGAAAGUGCAGGCAUGCAUACGCAUCUAUAAAAUACUGUUUUUGGCCCAGGUAUAGUUCUUCCAAUGCCUGAAUGCCUCGUUUAAUUUAAAAAUCAAAUCAAUCAGAAGAAAAAUAUAAUAAACAUUGAGUAAUAAACUACUGUUGGAGUGAGAUUAUGGCUGAUGGACUACAGAGAUCAUAUAGGAUGAGUAAUCUGGAGAUUUCACAUUGAACCAUGUUCUUUAAUCAAACUAUUUCUUCAAGCUAAGGAUCAUGUGGAUGGGGAACGGUCAUCCGUACCAACCUAUUCUCUUGAUCUCUCUCUAAUCUUAAUAUUUCAUUUUUGGUUCUGUCAAAUUAAUGGAGGCCAAUAUCCACUGGAGUACCAAAAUGAUGACAACUAUUGACAGG